GGGAGGGAGAGGCGGUCCGUCCGUGAGCGCCCCCAUGGGGGCCUGAGGAGCGGGGGGUGGGAGGAGGAGGAGGCGGAGGAGGAGGCGGCCUGGGGGAGCGGCUGGCAUGGAGAGCCCGGGGGCCGGCGGCGAGGAGGAGGCGCUGCCGCCGCCGGGGAAGAUGAUGAACCCCAAGCGGGGCGGAGGCGGCGGCGGCGGAGGCGGCGGAGGAGGAGGCGGGCGGGCCCCCGAAGAGGAGAGCAAGAACAAGCCCAAGCUGAACCUUCAGAUAAAAACUUUGGCAGAUGAUGUGCGUGACAGAAUAACCAGUUUUAGGAAAUCAGGUGUCAAAAAGGAGAAACUGUUAAUUCAGCACCCCAUUGACUCGCAGGCAACUAUAAACGAACUGCCCAUGGCUCAGCCACUCUAUGAUGAGCGUUCAAUGAAUUUGUCAGAAAAAGAAGUGAUGGACCUGUUUGAAAAAAUGAUGGAAGACAUGAACCUCAAUGAAGAACGAAAAGCUCCUUUAAGGAAUAAGGACUUGACGACAAAACGUGAGAUGGUUGUCCAGUACAUUUCUGCAACUGCCAAAUCUAUUAUCGGAAGUAAAGUUCCGGGAGGCCUAAAAAACAAUAAACACGAGUGUACCCUCUCAUCGCAAGAAUAUGUUCAUGAACUACGGUCGGGUAUCUCGGAGGAAAAACUUCUCAACUGCUUAGAGUCCCUGAGAGUCUCUCUUACGAGCAAUCCAGUCAGUUGGGUUAACAAUUUCGGACAUGAAGGGCUUGGACUUCUGUUGGAUGUUCUCGAAAAGCUUCUGGAUAAGAAACAGCAAGAAAGUAUUGACAAGAAAAAUCAGCAUAAACUUAUACAGUGCCUCAAAGCUUUUAUGAACAAUAAGUAUGGAUUGCAAAGAAUUCUAGGAGAUGAAAGAAGCCUUCUGUUACUUGCUAGAACAGUUGACCCAAAGCAACCAAAUAUGAUGACUGAAACAGUAAAAAUACUUUCUGCCAUUUGUAUAGUUGGAGAAGAAAAUAUCCUGGACAAAAUCUUAGCAGCCAUCACAAUUGCAGCAGAGAGAAACAAUGUAGAGCGUUUCUCCAAUAUUGUGGAGGGACUUGAGAAUCAUGAAACUCUGCAGUUACAGGCUGCCUGUAUGCAGUUCAUAAAUGCCCUUGUCACUUCUCCUGAAGAUCUUGAUUUUAGGAUACACUUGAGAAACGAAUUUCUGCGCUGUGGGCUGAAGAAAAUAUUGCCAGGUCUAAAAGAGAAGGAGAAUGAAGAACUUGAUAUUCAGUUGAAAGUGUUUGAUGAAAACAAAGAAGAAGAUUUAAUUGAAUUGGCCCACCGCCUCAGUGAAAUUAGAGUGGAAAUGGAUGAUGUGAAUGAGGUCUACCACCUGUUGUAUAACAUGUUGAAAGAAACAGCAUCUGAAAACUACUUCCUAUCCAUUUUACAACAUUUUCUGCUCAUCAGGAAUGAUUAUUAUGUUCGCCCUCAGUAUUACAAGAUAAUAGAAGAAUGCAUUUCACAGAUAGUAUUGCAUUGUAGUGGUAUGGAUCCUGACUUCAAGUGUAGAGGGAGACUGGAUGUAGACUUCACGCACCUUGUAGAGAGCUGUGUGGACAAAGUGAAAGUGGAAGAAAGCGAGCAAAAAGCGACGGAAUUUUCCAAAAAGUUUGAUGAAGAAUUCACAGCUCGACAGGAGGCAGAAGCUGAGCUUCAGAAACGAGAAGAGAAAAUCAAAGAGCUUGAAACUGAAAUCCAGCAGCUACGCACCCAGGCUCCUGCACCUUCAAGUGGCCUACCUUCAACAGGUGUACCGCCCCCUCCCCCUCCUCCUCCUCCUCUUCCAGGAGGUGCCGUUACUGCCCCUCCUCCACCACCACCACCCCCUCCUCCAUUACCUGGUGCUCCACCACCACCUCCUUCGUCUGGCGGACCUAUUCCACCUCCUCCACCUCCACCACCACCUAUGUUUGGAGGGCCACCCCCGCCACCACCACCUUUUGGUGUCAUUCCUCCUCCUCCUUUUGGAGCUGCACCAACACUGCCUUUUGGAAUGAAGUCAAAGAAAAAAUACAACCCUGAAGUGUCUAUGAAGAGGAUCAACUGGGCAAAGGUUGAGCCACAGGAAAUAUCAGAAAAUUGUUUUUGGCUGAAAGCUAAAGAGGACAAAUUUGAAAAUCCAGAUCUGUUAGCAAAGCUGGCCCUUACCUUUGCCACACAGAUGAAGGUUAAAAAGGUCGUGGACGAUACAGAAGAAAAGAAGAUAGCCCUCCCUAAGAAGAAAGUUAAAGAGCUGAGAAUAUUGGAUGGGAAAACAGCACAGAAUUUAUCUAUUUUCCUGGGAUCUUUCCGCAUGCCUUAUGAGGAAAUAAAAAACAUUAUUUUAGAAGUAGAUGAAGAAAAACUGAGUGAAGCGUUGAUUCAGAAUCUGGUUAAGAACCUCCCUGAACAGAAAGAACUCAGUGCCUUAGCAGAGCUGAAGAAUGAAUAUUAUGAUCUCUGUGAGUCAGAACAAUUUGGAGUUGUGAUGAGCUCAGUAAAAAUGUUACGUCCUCGUCUCAACGGCAUCCUUUUCAAGCUGAUGUUUGAAGAGCAUAUAAACAAUAUCAAACCAGGCAUCAUGGCGGUAACAAAAGCCUGCGAGGAAGUAAAGAAGAGUGAGAACUUUAGCCGUUUGUUAGAACUUGUGCUGCUGGUCGGAAACUACAUGAAUUCCGGCUCAAGAAAUGCCCAGUCGUUGGGUUUUAAUAUUAGCUUUCUAUGCAAGAUCAGAGAUACUAAAUCAUCAGAUCAGAAGACAACACUGCUGCAUUUUCUUGCUGAAAUUUGUGAAGAGAAUUAUCGGGACAUCUUAAAAUUCCCUGAUGAACUUGAACAUGUGGAAAGCGCAAGCAAAGUUUCAGCUCAAAGUCUUAAGGGCAACCUGGAUUCCAUGGAAAAUCAGAUACAGCGUUUGGGAAGUGAUAUCAAGAAGUUUCCUGAAACAAAUGAUCUGCAUGACAGAUUUGUAGAGAAGAUGACGAGCUUUGCUAAAAGUGCCAAGGAGCAGUAUGAAAAGCUGUCUAACAUGCACAACAACAUGACCAAGUUAUACGAACACUUGGGGGAGUACUUCUGUUUUGAUCCCAAAACGGUCAGCAUUGAGGAAUUCUUUGGAGAUCUGAGCAUGUUCCGGACGUUGUUCUUGGAGGCGCUGAAGGAGAACAACAAGAGAAGAGAAAUGGAAGAGAAGAUUAAGAGAGCCAAGCUGGCGAAGGAGAAAGCAGAACGUGAGAAGCUGGAGCGGCAGCAGAAGAAGAAGCAACUGAUUGACAUGAAUAAAGAGGGCGACGAGACAGGAGUGAUGGAUAAUCUUCUCGAGGCUCUGCAGUCUGGGGCAGCAUUCAGAGAUCGCAGGAAACGGAUGCCGAGAACUCAGGAUAAUAGACGAGCACCUUUGGAACGGUCUCGCUCCCGUCACAAUGGAACUAUCACCGCAGUAUGAGUCUCCCUAUGCCAAAGAACUGGAGUGUUUUUAUUCACUUUAGAUGGAGCCGUGGUGGAAAAAGCUGAAUAUGUGGAAAGCAACGACGAUUGGAAAUGAAUUGUAAAUGAACUCCAGGGAAUAACAACCAGAAGAAUAAAUAUGUAUUUUUACAAAGGCUAUUGUGCAAAAAAUAUCAACUUACUGUACAUUACUAACGCAAUUCUCCAGAGCUGUAAGCAGUGUUAAAAUAUAAAGUUCUGUCUCUUCUUCCUUAGUAUUCCUUGCAGCGGUUAAGCCAGCAAUUAAGGCCACUACCUACUAUGUUUUGGAGCCGCUUCCAUUCAUCUUAGUGGGGAUGGCACCCUUGAUGGCCCUAAAUGUGGGGAAAGUGGUGUAUUCGUUAAGGGGGAGAAAGGUUGGAAUUUGCUGCGAAAAGUGAGCAGUGUCAAAACAUCAGGUCAACUAAAGAAGACCAGAGUUUACUUGUAGUUCCUAUUUUGACAUGAAAGCGAGGGGGGGAAGAAAAAAUUGCAUAUUAAUGAAUUCUGAUGUGAGCUGAUAAAGCACACAUCAUAAGAGACCUUUGUUGUAAGCUUGAAAAAGCACUAUACAGCCCCCAUCAAUUUCCUUAGAAUCUUAUCUCAAGUUUUAAGCAUGAUGGAUUCAGCUAUUUUGGUUGCAGUAAAACUUUAUCACAAAUCUACAGCCUCAGUGGUAGGAAGAUAUAUAGCUUAUCACUGCUUUUUAAAAAAAUCUUUUAAAAAAAGAAUGAAACAUAGGAUUGUACCAAAGUUAAACCAUAUCACUUGCAGAAUAUGUUUUUAACUAUAUUGAAAGAUGUAUUUUCUAAUUGUGCACAUAUAUAAACUUUAUACAGAUAUUUUUGAGGAAAUAUUCUUUCUUGUCCUAUUUUGAUGGUUCCAAAAUUCCUUUGCCUUUGUUUCAGCUUUCAUAGACUUAAUCUGCAAAAAUGAAGGCUCUCCAGGAUUAGGUUCUUGAAGUACACUCACACACACUCUAGAAAAGCUGCAGGAGACCAGAUCAAAAUGAUUUCGAGCUGUGGGCUGAAAUGGAUAGUCACGCACCCAUGCUUCUGCAACAUUCUCUCUCUCUCUCUCUCUCUCUGUCACAUCACUCCAAUAUUUCAUUUGGCCACUUUGGCCCAUAUCAGUUUUUGAUCAGGCAGAAGGCAGCCACUGCUCAUGCCGUGUGUGCCACAGCACACUCUAAAACGUGUUCCUCCCAUGCUCCCAGAAAAUAUUCAGCAACACUGCCGCAGCUUUUCUAAUAUGUAUGUGACAUGUAUUUCACGGGGGGUGGGUGUCUAUUUCUGAGGAUGAAAUACUCCCUUUCCCCCUCUGCUGAUGAUUAGAGAGGCACACUUGGAUGUGCCAAAUACCUGACAGCAGUUAUUCCCACCCGCUGCUUACAGGGACCACGUUAGUGGCUAGUGGAGAGAGUACCGAAUGCCCUGCGCCAGAUGAGUCUAUAGAAGGGCCUCCUUUCAGGUCAGUGGGGGAAUCAAAACUCAGGCAAGUCAUCAACACAUCCCACAAUCCAUUGUGCAGUUUUCUUACUUAGCAAGGUGUUUCUUAACCACUACGUACGAUAUGCAGCCAGCACGGGCCAGAGUCCUCAUGGCAACCUAAUUCCCCAAGGAAACUGGCUUCCAUUAUGCACAUUUCUGUGCCCCUCAAUUCGAUUGCACAACAGGAGAGCCACAGCCGAGGCUUCCUUCCCCAGGCCAAGGCAAGGUGAGCUAAUUACACGGCAUCACUUUCUUCCUCCAAGUUGCUCAGGAUGGCAUAUGUGAGGUUCAUCCUCACUAGGGCCCCCGGUGAUAGGUUCAGCAGGGAGUGCAAGUGGCCCAAGCUCCCUUCCUGCAAAGCAAAAAGUUUAGCCCAAAUGGCCUGGUCUGAAGCUCUAGUCACUAUGCCACUAUACUUUUCCAGUGCAAAGUCAUUUCUGGGGUGGGGAAGGGGAAAUCUAGUGUUAUAUAAACAGGGAAGAAAUUAAAUCAUUUCUCCCAUAUGCACAUUAAAAAGCAGUGCCCACAUAUUCUUGUGCUUAACUACAUAGUAUCUGAUUAGCAGUUCUUGGUGGAUAGGGACUCCUUUCAUAUGUACUAUUAAUUGUGUUCUGUUUUCUUUGCAUCGGUCCCAAGAGAACCAGCCUACUUGAUUAUUUGUGUAGGCAGUGAGGUUUGAGUUCAGAAUCUUCAUCCUGGAUCUCCCAAAGCCCUAUCCAGAUACAAGAUGUUAGAAAUUAUCUGGCUGGGCUUGAGCGACAUACACACAAACUCAGAUUUAUUGGCAGGGGGCGGGGAGUUUGAGGGCUAUCUCAUAAUCCUAGUGAAGGAGAAAAACCUCAAGGUAAUUUGAAAAGGGCCCAUGUUGUUUGUCAGUAUAAGAGAGAGAGAUGUGCACGAACGGCUCAUUCACAGGCUUGCAGGGCGCGAGAGUGGUUCCUUUAAGGAGCCGAUAAGGAGCUCCUCACCUGCUUUUCCUCUCCCUGCUGCUCAUUUCCCAGAGGAAGCACCAAACUGGCUCGUGCACGUCUCUAGUAUAGACACAUGAGGCCAACCCACCAAGGUUCGUCUUUGGCACUGCUACAGAUCCCUUUUUCUAACAAAUUUAGAAUUUUUGUUGUUGUUGUUUUUUAAUGCCCUACAAUUACCUCCCACUCUAGCAGAAUGUAUUACUAGGCAUGAGAUGCUCCAUAGUUUGUUUUUUAAAAGCCCAUCCUCUUUUUCUAACUCAAGUGAAGCCAAAACAUGACUCCUUUGGAUAAAUGUCUAUUUUCUAAUGUAUAGUAUUUUGAAACAAUGUACUGAAACUCAGAGAUAAUGUAAGUAACAUACUAGAAUUUCAGCCAAAAUGUUAAAGCAGUCAGAGUAUCUGGGAACAUAACCUCUUCACACACCUCAGAUUUUUUUUUUCCUUUUUACUGUAACUUUAAUUAUUAUGACUGUAACAUUUUUCAUUUCCUGACAUUAUGUUUUUGAACAGCCUGGUAGUUGGCAACUGGAGACCUUAAGGAACCAGAUUUUGGCAAAGAGCAAAUCCCAAAAGAACCCUAAAGGUUUUCUUGUAUUUGUUUCACUACCCAGUCGUUUUAUUCCACGUGUGAAAGAUUUUCCUAAUUUAAUGGACAUGUAUCUUAACAAAGCAAAACACACACACAAAGGUAGAAGAACUAUGUAAAUACAGGGUGCUUGUAUUUGUAAAGUCUGAAAAAUAUUUUCUGAAUUUUAUGUUGGAACACAGAAUCUUUUGAUAGCUUUUCAUUAUUCUUGAAAAUGCAGAUUUUAAAAACAACACCUUGCUUGUGAUAUUGGUAUGAAUUCCUCACUUAGCAUUUGUUUGCCGGGUGACCUAGCAUGGGGGUGGUCUUCAGGUCAGAGCACCCUUUUCAGAGCUGCACUUGCCUUAUUUUCUAAUACUGAAUGGGGGGAAAUUGAAGAAAUAUAUAUUCAGUUUAUAUAUUGGUAUUCAAAGGAAUCUCUCCACCCAGCCCCUUUGCUUUGGAGCUUGGUGAACAAUCCUCAAGUUAUUUGCAAAAAGGAAAUCACGGGAACUUCUUGCAAUUAUUUAAACACCACAUAGGAAUGUAACACUUGCUUAUUUAAACAGAAAAUAUGUAUUCCAUACAGCAGAACAUCAAUGUACAUUCACAUUUUAAAUUUAAAGAUUAUAAUGUUUCGAUGUUUUGCAAUUUAUGUUUCAUGAAAGUGUUUUAAGAACACUUUAAAAAACUUUUAUAUGGAAUGGAGUUAAAUUCUGGUAUUUUAUAUUAUUGCAGAGAGGAAUCUAUUUAGUAGAAAUAUUCAGAUUGUCAGGAAGGUUUUGCUGAAUGCUAGUCAUUACUUAGACACAAAUCCUGCUCCUUGCUCCAAAAAAAUUGCCACGCAUGCCAUGAAAUAUAUAAUAGGCUGUGAUUCUGCAAACAUCCUUCACUGCUGAGCAAUCUCGUAAAUGCUGACCUGAUCUCUUCAGUGAUAUAUAAGGUCUGAAGGGACCCCUGCAGAAAUAAAGCCCGUUUAGUCAAAGCUACUUAUUAUUACAAAAAUUUAAACCACUAUGAAGAAUUUCUAAACAAGCCACUUGAAAAAGCAAGCCCUAAAAUGGUAUUUGCUUAGCUUGGAUCUGUAUAUAUUUGUGUAGAUCCUGGUGAAACUUGCACAUGCCUUCUACUGACCACUAUUUUCUCAGUGUUAGAGAAAUACACACAAAAGUAUAUGCUUAAUUACUUAGCCUUUACACCUGCAUACAUAAGUCUAUUUACUACCUCAGAGUGCAGCUUAGCUACAUGCAGAUUCCUUCCUCCUCUUCCUCUCCCCUCCCCCACAGAAUAUGGCUGGAUGAAAACAUAGGACCAAAGAAGAUGAAAUGGUGGAGAUCCAUGCUCAGAUGUUCUUUCUAUUUUAACUUCUUUUAUGACUCUCCAACAUCUCAUUUAGUUUAGGUCUCAAGAACGUAAAGGUGUCUUUGGGAUUACAGCCUCACUUUAACCUUGACCUAAGUUUGAUCAUUGGCUCAUUCAAUUGCUUCAUGCAAUUAGCAGUGAGUUCAGAAGACAGUGGCCGACAUGAUGCGCAGCCUACCAGCGACAUUGCCAACCAUGCUGGGGCUGCUGUGGAUUCACAAGGCAAUUCCGAUGCUGUUGAGAAUGAAUGGUUGCCCAGUGAUUGAUAGAACUGGUAUUCCCAUUUGCCGCAGAGGGAACAACUGUGGUAUUGCUGCUUGCACAACCACUAAUGUUCACUGCAGCAUCAAGGCGGCCUUAUAAUUCCACAGCAGCCCUGAAACAAUUUGCAGCAUAGCCUGUUCGUUGCACAUCAUGGUGGCCACUUUUUCCAGCUUUGGGAACCCUCCCAACAGUCAGCCAGUGUGUACCCUCCUGAACAUCCACAAUGAAUCACAGGCUUCAGUGCCUCUCACCUGCUACCACCUGGCAGGCAUGUUUUCCAGCAGAUUGCGCCAUUUGCUCCAGCCACACUCCAUGAUUUCUUGGCUCACACAUUAAAAGAAUACACUCAAGGAUAACUACACAGAGACACAUACAACUGCAAGAAGUCCAAAUCAGCUUUGGGUUGCGUUUCAGGGUUAGGUUUCAUGACACAAUUUAAACAGCAAGUUUACACAGCAGUAGAAUCAGAGAAUCCCGGUUUUAGUGGAAAUUUGUAUAUUCCCUAUAAUUCACCAAGGUAAAUGUCAUUGUCAGAUCAAAUGUUCCACUGUUCUCCCAUAGUCCACCACUUUGGAGAGAGUCAGAGAGCCCUAAGAAAGCAUCAGCAAGCACUCCAAAAGGACCAGACUAGAGCCAAUUCAAACAUGCAGGAAGGCACAUAGCAUCGUCCUUUUCCAGGCCUAGGCAAGCGUGUCCAAAUUGGUUCUGUGGCUGAUCAAGUUUAAGAUAUUUGCUGCUCUCAUCCAGUGCUGUUACAGGUACAAAAAACUCCAUUGCCCUCCCAUCUGCAUGGGGGUUAUUUUAGCCAUGGUGCAGGCUGGCUAACAGCUCUCUUAGGCUGCUUGCAGGGUAGGGUUAUUUUAACUAAAGGGCUGCUUGCAAUUAUCUUGGUUAACAUGAAGAUACAUGGUACUCCUAUAACACCUCCUACAGUAAAGAUCUAAAGGUGUUGAUUGUUGGGAGGGGGAGCAGACGGUUUAUUUAAAUUUUAAAUUGUACUUUAAAUAAAAUGCUAUGCUAAUAUCUACUUAAUUAUGGAAGGAUGGAAUCUGUUGAUAACUGCACAAGUUAUCACAUAUCACAAGUGUACCAUGUCUUUACAAAGUAGGAGAGAAAAAACCAAACAGAAGAGGUACCUGACAUCAAUUCUCAUAUCCCUUAAGCAAGAAACCGGCCUCAUUUGUGCUUUGAUCUGAGCACUGUUGUGAAGCUGAAAUGCCCAGCCUCUUGUCAGGAAGUCGUUAAUUAUAUAGGCACUGUAGAGACUUCUCUCCACCUCUCCUCCCAUGUGGCAUGGUGCCACCCAUGUGUCCGGUGGAUUCAAGGAAGUCCUACUGCAUGAAAUAUCCACUUGCAGGCCCUUAUAAAGACAAAUUAUGCCCUCAGCUGUCAGUCACUCUCCCCCUUGCUGAACCAGAAGCUAAAUCAUUUGCAGCCCUAGAGGCUAGGCCUCACUCUCUUAAUCCAGAUUAGUAAACACCACCACACAUUGUCCGGAACACACCAUCGCUAGUAGCCUUUGGGGCCGUCCUGUGCCCAUGAACAUGGGUUGAAGGAGAGAAAAUGGAGCCUGCCAGCUCACUGACUGUCAUACAGAAGAAACUGAUGUGUGCUAAGGUAUGUGUGCCUGGUACGUGUGCACUUUGUAUAGUGUACAGAGAGACUGAUCACUGUGUUUGGACUCUGUAACAAGUCUACCAGCCCAUGCUGUGUGCUGGCAGCAAGUUUACACACUGGUCUGUUUCCCAUUAUGAUCAAUCGUUCUGGAUGAUCAGUUGUGGAGUGAACCUCACUUUCCAGCGACUUCUUGGGUCACCCUCCACUGUAGAAGGCAAGGGUGGCUCAAGUAAAGUCCCCCCGCCCCCACCACCAACACACACACUUCUUCUGGGAUGUUGAACAGGGCAGCCUAAAGACCAUGAAUGUCUGAAAGCAUUUUUAGUCUUCUGAGAUACUUGAAUUCCUCCAGAUCGAAAAGAAAUAUUCUAUAUUGUAAAACCAACCUACAAAAUGUCCACUGCCCCUUUUCAGAGAUAUGCCUGGGCCAUAAGACGCUUUCUGAGACCCCAGCUCUCUUCAUUCCAGCUUCCCAUCAGAUAUUUAAGCUGCAAUGCAGUGCAAAUUGUGUCCCAUUGAUUUCCAUGAAGGUUAGCCACCUAGCUAGGCUGGAUAGCAGUCUUACAGACUUCAGAUUCAGAUGUCAGAAAUGCAAAACUACAGGUUUAAAACCUUUCUGUAUAAUGCCAACAUUCCUUAUCUGCAAAUUAAAACCAAUUUUGGUGAUUUCAGAACUUGGUGAUCAACUGAUUCCAAACUUUGUUAAAAAAAAUAAAUAUGGGUGUGUUUUGUUUUUGUUUUUUUGCUUUGAAUUAUCUUGUGUCGUUGCUUAUGUUUAUUUAAUACCUCUUGAACACCAUCACUUUGAAGUACUUCUGUGCUACAAAGUCGUUUUUAUGCCGGGGGCGGGAGGGAUAUUUGUUUUAUUUUGUUUUUUACUCCGAAGUGUCAAAUAUAUUUGUGGGCAGGGGGAUGCCUGCUGUAUGGCUUUUUUUUUUUUUUUUAAUGAGAGAUUAUAUUCUUUUUAAACUCUGUCAAUUCCUGGUGGUACAAGUUAAAAAUGUAUCAAUAUAAUGCAGUCGUUCAGCACAUUAAAACAAGUCUCUGAUUUA